AUGUUGAGGAUCUCCAUGUAACACCUCCAAACCAAAACAUGUUCCUUGGAAAAGCAAAUUCUGGCUUUAUAUAAUCCAUCAUUUAACAAUUUUCUUCCUCCAUCAUAACCCCAAUUCCCCAUCUUUGCUCUUAAUAUUUCUUACCUUUUUUCUUUACUAAUUAAUCUUUCGAAAAAAUGGGUGGUUACAACCUUGUUUUUCUCAGAGAUGAGAAGCUCCGCCAUCUCGCGGAGCUUCUCUACAAAAAAGAAGCACUCAACAUGCAAAACAUGCACUUCAGCUCCGAACCCGACCGGGUCAAAUACCUCAGGGAUUGCAAAACCAACUACGAGUCGGUGAUGAAACUCCUAGACCAAGUUGGAAAACUGAAGGGUAGGUUUCUGAACGACACCGUUCGGGCUCCUAUUGCUGGUGACAUCUUGUCCUACACCGAAACCUUCAUCAACAACGCGCUUCAGACCGUUCGGAACCUCACCCUGAGGAAGCAGCAUCUCGAUAAGAUCACCGACCAUGUCCGUUCUCUUGUAGCUUCCAUGGAAAACAUGGAUCCGCAGAAUGAAACCCACGUCGAACGAGUGGGAAAAGAAGUUGAAGAUUACAACAAGGCUAUGCUGGCUUACAACACCACCACCAAGUCUGGAACCCCCGGUGUCAAAGAACUCUCCAAGAUGCUCAUGGCCAACAAUGUCUCCUUUGAGAAACUAGUUCAAACGUUUGAGGGGAAAUUGGAUAUUGGUGGGAAAUUGAAGGAAGUGAAAGAUGUGGAAAAGAAGAAGGUGAUGAAGAGAGGCUGUGGGAGCUGUUUAUGCUCUUCUGGGGUUUCUCCACCUUUGAGCACUGAUGGGCUUCAAUGCUACGUAGCUUCAUUGCCUGAUGGAGCUGCUCUGGCGCGUCAAAUUGCGCAUCACUAAGAACUAAACAAGUUCACCCACUUUGUUGCAUCUCUGUUUAAGAAGAUGUUGUUGUUUGUUGUUGUGUUUGUCUGCUUGCAAAAUAAGCCUUGUUACUUUGAGGUGGCAAAUAAUAAAAGUUUGUGAAUUUGAGGCA